CAGCGUAGAGGCCCCCGUAGAGGACCCCAGGGACGCCAAGAUGGUGCCGGCUCAGACGCAAACGAGGAAACGCAAAGGCGCCAACAAAUUCACGCAAACUCCUGCUGCGCCUCAGAGACACAAGGAGACGCAGGCGGACCUCGGAGAGGCGAAGGAGAAGGAGGCCGAGGGGGUCAGACCGGAGGUCAGACCGGAGCACGCCGCUCGGAGCGCAGUGUCUUCGGCCGAGGGCCGAAACCCGGAGGGGGAGGUCAAGUCCGAAGAGGAAAAUCCAAAUGCCGGAAAAGUCUCGGGGGGAGGAGCCAAAGCGAUGUCCUACGCCAGCGCCGUGUCUGGACAGACCGGCGGUCCGGAGGCCUCCAGAGCUGCCGAGGAAAACACAAAACCUCCUCAAGGCCCUCGGGACCGAAGCCCAGUCAGAGCUCCGCCUCCUGCUCCGCCUCCUGGUCCCACCUUCACCGUUCACAUCUACGCCGUGCUGGACAAACGGUUUCGCUUCAGCCAAGACCAAGACACGCUUCUGAUGUGUUCCAACGAAGGAGUUUUACCACUGAAGAUGACGCAUUUCGUUGGACUGAAACAUGGAGAUCUGGUGGAAGCAAGUCUUUCCGUAGAAGAGAAGGACUUCAGGAGAGGCGACCGCUGGACGUAUUGGUACGAAGUCCAGCAACGAAACAAAAGGAUUCCAGGAAGUAUCACGAGACAAGUUCAGAUCCCCCACGAGCAGAACCAGAAGGAGCUGCACCUGUACGAAGGCUUCAUCGCUCGUGAGGACAGAAGGUUUUGGCAAAACAUGUUCAGCUGGCAGAAGACCAAAGUCGUCAUCAUGGUGUCGGAGGCCUGGGGGGCCUCGGCGAGGGCCCUGCUGCAGAGGACCUUCCAGACCUGGACCCCGUCGGACCGGCGCAGCACCGACAGCCUGUGUGACAGCCUGACCCAUUUUAAGAGGAGUCUGGGUUCUGCACACACCAGGAUGUGGUUCCUCGACGGCUCGCACCCCCCCGUGGUCGCGGCAUCGGAGCUGAUAGCAGAGACUUUAGUUCAGAUCUUGAAAGGCUCCCCGGAGGACCAGAUCCCCGGAGGCUGGGGGGGCAGCGGUCCUCUGGCUCAGGGCCUGUCGGUGUUCAUAGUCUCCAGGAAGUGUGAGGUGGACCUCGGGGGGGCGGGCUGGACCGAGCUGUGUCUCCGGGUGUCCUCAGAGACCGCGAUGGACCAGACCAACCUGGACUGGCUGCUCGGUUACGUCCAGGCGCCUCAAUACAUGCUGCUGGGCCUGAUGAACCUGUGUGCCCAGCUGAAGGUCUCCGAGCUGGUCCUCCUGGUCCCUCUGCUCUUCAGGCUGAGGCGGCCGGGAGCCGACGCCGGCAAAGGGGGUCCGACCGUGGAGGAGCAGAACUGGUCCGGACUGGAAAACGUGGACUUCUGCAGGUUCAGGGAGGGAAUCCGGUCUCGCCCCGAGAAGAGAACGAGGAUGCUGAGCUCCAUCCGGACCCUCCUGCCUUCAGAGGAUCCUCAGCUCCUGAUUGGCUGGUCCGCUCUGGUCCCGUUUGAGGACCUCCCUGAGUUCUCUGAGCUGACGGCGUUCCCUGCGGAGCAGCUGGUCCACAGUCUGUUUUACCGGCUGAGACGAUGUGGCGACCACCAGGAGGAGAACGCUCGGACCACGCUGACCCGCCUCCUGCUGCAGGUGGACCGGGAGCAGGACAGGAUGAUGCAAGGCGGACACGUGGCGCCCGCCUUCCAGAGCGCCGCCGGCGUGCUGAAGUACGUGUGCCUCGCCGUGCGCCUCGUCCAGUGCCACGAGGCCGCCGCCCUCUCCUUCCGGCUCGUGGUCAAACUGGCGGAGCUGCUGGGUGGCGAGUCCUCGGGCGACGGCGGCGAGGCGGCGAAGAGGCAGAAGCUGUCGGACGAGCUGGAGGCAGCGAGGCAGCGAAUCAGAGAGUGGCGGGACGGGCUGCUGCAGAAGCCCCUCCUCUCGGCCUCUAAGGGCCUCAGCUACCCGAAGGAAAUGGAGAUGUGGGACGCGCUGCUGAAGGCGGACGGCUCCGCCCCCUGGAGGUGUGGCCUGCAGCGAGACCUGAAGAAGAGGAUCUCCCAGGCCAGCGAGGAGGACCAGGUCCUGGUCUGCUGCGUCAUUCAGAAAAGUGACGACGGAGUCCGGGCGUGUUUCAACGAGCAGCUUCAGUCGGCUGUCAGGACCAUAUGCCAGAGGAGGCUGGAGGGCGACCUGAUGAGGAGCCUCACCUCGCGGGUGGAGGACCCUCCCGAGGCCGUGGUGUCGGCCGUGGUGGUGGAGUCGGCGGCUCGGUUCGGGGACCCGGUGGUCCGGCUGCUGGACCCUCAGUCCGCCGUGAGCCAGCUGCUGUCCCGCGGCGACCGGGCGACCACCCGGCUGGGCGGCGCCGCGGGCCAGGUGGUCCGCGACUGUGAGGCGGCCCUGGAGGCUCUGGUGGGGUCUCUGCUGCAGGGCCACGUGACCCAUGGCCACCUGCAGACCUGCCUGAGGCACCGGGAGGCGCUGAGGAGGCUCCAUCAGCAGCACGGCCAAUCGGAGGCGGUCCCCGUGGACGCCGUGUUGGAUCAGAGGGAGAAGGACCUGAGCGCCUUCAGGCAGCGCCGGGAGGAGAUGGAGACGCUGAUGAAGAUGAUGGGGAAGGUCACGGAGAGCAUCACGGUCCCUGACAUGUCCCCCCUGGAGAAGCAGCACAGUGCCGACCUCCAGCCGGUGAGCCUGAACCAGCUGGUUCUGGUCCAGUCCUUCGAUGCCGAGGGCCGGCUGAGGAAGUCCGGCCCGCCUCAGGUGCUCUGGUACAAAACCAGCAUGGACGUCCUGAAGAUGUCCGGCCAGAUGCACCGACUGCGUCUCAGCAGCCUGGUUCUGUCCCGCUGGGUCGCGGGCGCCGCCUCCCUGGCGGCGGCCCGGCGGACUGGCCCGGCCCCUCUGCCGGUCACCCUGGCGCUGGUCUGUGAACACAUCUGGAAGCCGCUGCUGGAGGAGUUCCGUCGGCUCGGCGCCGGCUUCGAGGACGAGAGCGUCACCUUCAGGGAGCUGGACCGGGUCCUGGUGGAGUCCGGAGACCGGGGGGACGGGGAGCUGCUGAGGAGGGAGCUGAGCCUCAUGGCCGAGCCCGGGGCCCGCUGGCUGGAGCCCAGGCUGGCUCAGGUCCAGCAGUACCGGCAGCUGCGCCGGGCGGCGGCCGCGGCCUCCGUCACGCUGAGCAUCGCGGAGCAGAUGAAGCUCUCGGGGAACUUCACGGAGAUCCACGUCCUCAGGCAGCUGGAUGAGGACAGCUUCCAGCGGCGGGCUCUGGGCUCGCUGACCUCCGACCUGCUCCGGGCUCAGCAGUCGCUGUCCGGCGUGGGCGAGCAGCAGCGCUGCUGCCUGGAGGCGUUCCUGCAGAGCUGGGCGCUGGUCCACUGGGUCCAGGAGAACCUGCCGAACGUGAGCGACAUGAAGGUGUACGUGGACCUGGCCUCCAUCUCCGCCGGGGAGAACGACGCGGAGAUGGACCAGGUGGCGUGUUUCCACGACGCGGCGACGGGCUACGCCCCCCUGCUCUACGGCCUGCCGCCGCACGCCGGCCUGGAGGAGUUCCUGAGCUGCGCUCGGCCGGUGUGGGACGCCCAGGGCAGAGACCCCAAGCUGCCCGACAAGCUGAGGGAGUCGAGCCGCCUGCUGAGCUGGCUGAAGGCCCUGAAGGAGACCCACGGCUCCGUGGAGCGGUCCUCGCUCACCCUGGCCUCGGACAUCAACGCCGACGGAGUUUACCACGUCGGGUGGUCGGCUCUCUGCAAGGAGACGAGAUGCCUCCAGAACAUGGUGUCGGUCACGGUGACCCGGGGCCCGGAGCAGAGGCGCUACCGGCUGGAGGAGCUGCUGGAGCUGCAGAACAAGCUGAUGCUCAUGUCGUCCAGAGGCGCUCAGGGCCGCGAGCAGGUCACCCGCUUCACGCAGGUCUUUGAAGGAGUCCAGCGACUGGCCGCCAUCCUCCUCCGGAUGCAGACGUCCGGCAACAUGCUCUUCAGGGAUUGGCUGGCCGAGGUGCGGUGCCGGGGGCAGCCGUGCGUCACGGCCGCCUUCCGGUCGCUGCGGGGCCGCGAGAUGGCGCUGGGCGGCGAGGUCACGGAGCGGCUGCAGGCGCUGGCUCAGGCCAUGGAGCGCUGCGAGGGGGAGUGGCGCUCCUACGUCGGCGAGAUGCGCUCCCGCUUCGGCGUGCUGAACCUCUUCACCGCGGAGCAGCUGCUGUACCUGAGCCGCUCGCUGCACCAGGUGUGUCUCCGGCAGGCGCCGCUCCCCCCGCAGCUCCGGCUGCUGCUCUUCCCCAUCAAGCCUCAGUGCUCCCUGAGCGACGUCACGGCGGCGUACGCAGCGGCCGUCGACGAAGACGAAGGGUCGGACGAUGAAGAUGGAAUGGACUCGACGCCAGCCGAACAGGACGUGGAAGCGGCUCGAGAUUUCAUGGAGUUUUCUUCGGGGGAGGAGGAAGAUGGCGAGGAGGAGGAGGCCGCAGACGGCCGGCUCCUCGAGGACGGCGGUCUGGAAGCCCUGUGGAGGAAGUUCAAAGAGGACAUGCCGCGGCGCCUGGAGGAGCACCUGGACAUGUCGCGUCUGGCCCGCUUCCUGUCCUGCCUCUCUGUGAGCGGCCGGCGGCCCUUGGCCCGGAGCCUCCCCCCGGCGCUGCAGGAGGGGAGGCCCCACCUGGUCCUCUGCCCCGGGGCCGAGGUGUUCUCCACCGUGCUGUCGCUCUACAUGCAGAGCGCGGAGCAGCCGCUGCCCUCCGCCGACGAGGUGCUGGUCUGCCGAGAGGAGACCACGGAGGAGGAGGCGGAGCUCUUCCUCCGCCGGGCGCUCGGCCGCGGAGACGAGCGGAAGAUCUACGCUCUGGUGAACCCGGGCGUGCUGGGAUACGACGUCGGCGUGGCCGUGGGGGAGCUCCACGAGGCUCUGGAGAGGAGCGGCGACCCGCAUUACCGCCUGGUCGUCGUCAGCGCGGCGGAGCACCAGCACCGGUACGUGCCCUCGUACUUCAGCGGCGCCAGAGUCCCGGCCGGGCUGAGCGUGACGGCGGAGGCGGCUCGGACGUAUCUGCACCGCCACUUCACUCAGAGCCCGGGAGGUCCCGUCGCUCUGGUGUCCCCCGACCGGCUGUCAGUCUGGGCGCUGGCGUCUCGACGCCCGGCAGUUGGGAAAUCCCUUUACGUGGAUCGUUUGUUUGAGAAGUUGAAGCAGGAGUCUUCCGGAGCAAAUCACAUCCGGAUCCGACUGAUUGAGCCACGCGUCGAUGUCGACUCUUUGAUCAAGAGUCUAUCGGAGAAGCUGGCCCCCUUGAGGGAGCAGGACCCGGUCCUCCUGCACAUCGACACCGCCGGGGUGCGUUCAGGUCUGGAGGAGCUCCUGUUCCACCUGCUGGUUCUGGGCUGUCUGAGCGACAGCCACGGCGUACUGUGGAGGAGGAACGCUGCUCACCUGAUCACCGUGGAGGUCCUGAGGACACACACAUCCUCUCCCAACCAGCCGGAAGAGAUGAAGCUUGGACUUCUUGACAUUCUGCCCACCAUCCAUUGUCGCCCUCCAAAGGAGGUGAAGGAGCUGCUGGCCAGUCGACGGACUCAGACCUCCGAUCCCCUCAUGGAUGAGCAGGCGUUUGGCAGUGCGGGCGUUCAGAGACCUUAUCAAUACCUGAGGCUCUACAGCAGCAAUCAGAUUCUGGAUCACUUCAAAUACCAGGAGGGAUCCAUCGUGGGGGAUCCCAUCGAUUGUCUCAAUCAGUUUCUGAAAUACUGUGGCAUGCACGAUCCGUCUUGGGCUGAGCUGAAGAACUUCUCCUGGUUCCUCAAUGUGCAACUGAAAGACUGCGAGAACUCCGUUUUCUGCGAUCCCGACUUCUUGGCAGACCAGCUGCCUGGUUUCAAGGGCUUUAUCGUGAAGUUCAUGAUUCUAAUGUCAAGAGAUUUUGCCUCGCCGUCUCUGAACACCUCUGAUGAAAGUCCCACGCUGCACGUUGACACGAGUCCGGAGGUCGACCUCCUGACCCUCCGUAAGCAUUGGGAGAACCAGGCUCAUCCCUACAUUUUCUUUAAUGCCGACCGAUUCUCAAUGUCUUUCCUCGGCUUUAAUGUGAUACGUCAGGGGCCAAACCGACUGGACGCGGUCGAUCCUCGAAGCGGAAUAGUCCUGAUGGAAAACGUGAUGUCGCAAAAACUGUUUGAGGGUCUGGAACGCCAAAGGAUCUCUCUCACCGGAGACUUUGACCAGUUGCCCCGUGCGGACAAAAUCAGAAGGAUUUCCUUGGUCGUCGGUGCCGAGAAAGGAAUAAUGGACAGAACGUUUGAUCCAGACCCGACGUAUGAGCUCACCGCCGACAACGUGAUGAAGAUGCUGGCCAUACACAUGAGAUUCCGGUGUGGAAUCCCAGUUGUGAUCAUGGGAGAGACCGGCUGCGGGAAAACCAGAUUAGUCCGUUUCCUGUGUGCUCUGCAGAGGGAGGACAAGCCGGUAGAGAACAUGGUUCUUGUCAAGGUACACGGUGGAACCACGGCGGAGAUGAUCUACAGAAAGGUGAGGGAGGCGGAGGUCCUUGCCAGAGAGAACCGUAGAAUCCACCAGCUGGACACCAUUUUGUUCUUUGACGAAGGCAACACCACAGAGGCCAUUUUUGCCAUCAAGGAAGUCCUGUGUGACCAAACCAUGAAAGGGGAACCUCUGACGGCAAACAGUGGCUUGAAAAUAAUAGCUGCUUGCAAUCCCUACAGGAAACACUCACUUGAAAUGGUGGAACGUCUGGAACGUGCUGGUUUAGGUUACAGGGUGAAGGCCGACGAAACGGAGGACCGCCUCGGCAAAGUCCCUAUGCGUCAGCUGGUGUACAGGGUUCACCCGCUGCCUCCGAGCAUGGCGGCCUUGGUGUGGGACUUUGGUCAGUUGAGCGAUUCAACCGAACUGUCCUACAUCCGACAGAUCGUCCAGAAGCAAGUCGUCGACCAUCGCUUGCCGGCGACCUGCAAGGACAUCAUUUCAAAUGUGCUCGCAGCCUCCCAGAAAUACUUGCGCAGUCGGGAAAACGAGUGCAGCUUUGUGAGCCUCAGAGAUGUGGAGAGGUCGAUGAAAGUGCUGGUUUGGUUCUACCAGCAUAGCGAGGACCUGUUCAAGGACUGCUCUCAACUCAGUGAGGCUCACAUAGCACUGAAGUGCUUGAUUCUUUCGGUUGGCGUCUGCUACUACCCGUCUCUGGUGGACAAAGAGCAGUACCUCUCUGUCGUUUGUCGGUACUUUCCGGACCCUCUGUGCCAUUCGACAGCAUUGCAAGAGGAGAUUUCAUCCUGCCAGGACUUCUUCCUUCACAACAUACAGACGAGGGAGACCAUAGCCAAAAACGUUGCACUCAAAGAGAACGUGUUCCUCAUGGUGGUUUGCAUUGAGCUCAGGAUCCCACUCUUUCUGGUUGGCAAGCCAGGCAGCUCCAAGUCGCUUGCUAAAACCGUGGUGGCGGAUGCCAUGCAGGGCCAGAACUCCCACUGCGACCUAUUCAAGAAACUCAAGCAAGUUCACAUGGUUUCCUUCCAGUGCAGUCCUCACUCGAGUCCGGAGGGCAUCAUCGGGACCUUCAAGAACUGUGCCCGGUUCCAGAAGGACAAAAACAUGGACGAGUAUGUGUCGGUGGUGGUGCUCGAUGAGAUAGGACUCGCAGAAGAUUCUCCUCAGAUGCCCCUGAAGACCCUUCACCCUCUCUUGGAGGACGGUUGCAUUGACAACGACAAGCCAGAUCCACACAUGAAAGUCGGCUUCGUUGGCAUUUCCAACUGGGCUCUGGACCCAGCAAAGAUGAACAGAGGGAUAUUUGUGUCCAGAUGGGAUCCGAGUGAGGAUGAACUUGUGGAAACUGCCAAAGGAAUUUGUUCAUCCUCCAAACCAGUUCUCCUGCAAAUCAAACACCUGUUCCCAUCUUUGGCAAAGGCCUUCUUGACCAUCUGUAAGGAGACAACAAAGAAUCAGUUCUUUGGUCUCAGGGAUUAUUACAGCCUGGUCAAAAUGCUCUUUGCUGUUGUCAAAUCAACACGACAAGAACCGGACGGUGGACAGCUGGUAGAGGCCAUCUUGCGGAACUUCAGUGGACAACCAGAGGGUUUUGACCCCGUCAUAUUUUUCCACGAGGUUCUCCAAAACUUAACGGAAAUUCCGAGACCGAGCACUUUGCAAAUGGUGAAAAAGAAUCUUGACCACGACACCGACCAGGUGAGCCGUUACCUCCUGUUGCUGACCACCAACAACGCAGCGCUGCAUUUCCUUCAGAGACAAAUCUUUGCCAAAGGAGACUAUCCUGCGCCUGAGAUCGUCUUUGGCUCGGGGUUCCCAAAGGACCAGGAAUAUGCCCAAAUCUGCCGAAACGUCAACCGGGUGAAAACAUGCAUGGAGACCGGGCGCACCGUCAUCCUCCUCAACAUGCAGAACCUUUACGAAAGCUUGUACGACGCCUUGAACCAGUACUACGUGUACCUCAGCAAGCAGCAGUACGUUGAUCUCGGUCUCGGCUCCCACAGAGUGAAAUGUCGUGUGCAUACGAACUUCAGACUGGUGGUGGUAGAGGACCAGAAGAAGGUCUACGAGCACUUCCCCAUGCCGCUCAUCAACAGGCUGGAGAAACACCGCGUGGACAGGAGCACCGACCUGGAGCCGUGGCAGCUCCGGGUCCUCCACAAGCUGAAGGCCUGGGUGGAGGAAUUCUCAGGUGAGGCCUCAGCAGAUUUCAAGCAAUCUGACAUUUUUGUUGGCUAUCACGGCGAUGCCUGUGCCAGCGCUCUCUUGCAAGCAUUGGAAAGGAGAGCACAGCGAGCUGAUGACGGUGCAGUGGAAGGAGACCAACCCAGCAGAAGACUGGACUCACAUCCCAAUGAAGAGGGAGCCGAUCAAAAGGACGAUCCGUUGGGUGAUGCUAUGGACACUGAGGUCGCAGGAAAAGAACGAGGAAUCGAGUCGAUCGACGAGAACAACGAGAUGUCCGAGGGCGAAGACUUGAUGGAGGUGGAAAUCGCUGCUGGGGAAAACGAGGAAGAGGAGAUCUUUGAUUCAGCGAAAUGUUUCUUGUUGAACUGUGUCACCCCUGACGCCGUUCUGAGGCUCAAGUAUUCCGAUUUAGCAAACCAGGAGAAGGAGAAGCUUCAGAGAAUGUACUUCCAACAGCAGCAUCACCAUUCCCUCCGAAGCUUCCUGCAGGAUGGCCUGGACAAGCACCAGGGGGCCAACAGGUUUCUGGAGAUAACCACAUUCUCCAGCUUGCUAACCCGAUCGGACGUCAGGGUUGUUGCCCCUGCUCUCGGACUGCAGGCGGAGAGCCUCCUCCUGCUCUCGCUGCACCAGUUUGACACCGAGGUCUCCUUCUGCAACAAGAUACGGGGCUUCCUUGGAGAUGCUGGACCCUCUCUUCACAUCCUGUUGAUCCAGAUGGACCCGGAGGAAUCCCACUGCAGUGACGAGCUCAUCGCAUCAGCAAAAUACUGCACCAUGAACUACUUGACGUCUCCGGAGGGUCAGACCUGCUGGGUGAUUUUCAUUGUGAAGGUUUCUAGGAUCCCAAGUAAAUCCCAGUACAUCGGUUUCCAAGGAGGAGUGUGGCGCUCGGUGCACAUCGAUGACCUCAGGGACUCGGAGGACAUGAGCCUGAACCUGCUGGUUUACUGUGGAACUCUCAUCAGCAACCUCCUCCACCCUGCAGAACAUCGUGACGACGGAGAAGCUGCGAGGACGAGUCGAGACUCUCAGGGAGACGCAGCCCGCCUCCACCCGCUGGCCCUGGUGAGGUCGUGUAUCCAGAAGGCGGUGGGCUUGCUGAGGGACCCUCACGGCAUGACGUCGCGCAGCAUGCAGCGGAUGCACAUCCUCCUGACUCUGCUGGGGGCGGGGCCAGUGCCAAUGGGAGCUCGCUUCCAGGAGGUGUUGUUGAGUAGACUGGCCGAGGCGUUGGCGCGGCGAGAGGAAAUGAUGGACGCCCCGGAGCAGUGGGUGAGCAUGGAGGCCCGGAAGCGCCCGGCUCUGCAGGAGGGAGGAACUCUGAGACACACGCUGUGGCGCCGGCUUCAGUCCACCGUGACGCCCAUCUUGGCCCACAUGCUGGAGGUCAUGGACCGGUUCGCCAGCCUGGACCUGCUGAGUGACGGGAGGCUGAGCCGCGGCCUGGGGGCGCUGUGGCUGGACGUCCUGGCAGACUCUCAGAUUCUGGACCUGACACCUCUUCAACACCAAAGUGACUCAGACCAGGAAGUGGCCGUGCAUCAUCACUACUUCCUGUUAGACGGUGCAGAGCAGUCCUGCUCCGCCCCGUUCAGCUGGCUGGUCAGACGGCAUCUGGAAAGCUUGUGGGAGGAGUCAGAGUUCAUGCCAGAGACGACGGAGGACAGCUCGGGGAGGAUCCUCCAGCUGGUGAGCAGCUUCUCCGGCAGCCGGCUGGGCGGCCACCUGCAGAAGCUCCCCGCCGAGGAGCGCCGGGCGUACGGGCUCCUCUACCUGCGGGACUUCCUGCUGCUGUCGCUGAAGAUCGAGUCGAGCGACGAGCUGAAGGUGUUCUCCAGGGCCGUGCUGGGCUGCGUGGCCGAGCUCCAGAGCUCCGCGGGCGACGCCCCCCCGGAGCUCUCGCCGGCCUGGAUAACGGCCGCCGCCGAGCGCUUCGCCCCGAGGCUGGACUGCCUCCGCCACGCCUUCCGGCUGCAGCCGCGGCUAGCCGCCGCCGUCCAUCAGCAGGCGUCAGAGGCGGAGCCACGAGAAAUGGUGGAGGACAUCGUAGCUCUGGCCGUCUGCGUUGAAGGCGUCUCGCUGCAGGCCGUGACCUCCGUCACCUCGCUGCAGGACUGCCGGUCCUUGGUGGUCAGGGUGGAGGUCCUGCAGCCGUGUCUGGACCGGGCGCUCGGCCGGAAGUACAGAACCCUGUGCAGCGCCGGCUGCCUGCAGCACCUGGACUCCAUCAGGUCUCAGUGGGACCGGCUGCUCGUCGUCUCGUCCUUCAUCCAGAACGUCGUCCUGAGAGUCGAUGACGACUCGAGGCUGAGAGAGACGUCCCUGAAGCACUGCAACCUUCUCCUCAAGCUGCUGCAGGACUCUCCUGCCAUGAGCAGCGUGGUCUCUCUGCAGCAGCUCAUCCGGGUCCUCAACUCCUUCCACGACGAGUGUACCAGCGAGGCUCUGAGGCCGGGCGCCUCCUGUCCGGUGUGUCUGGCGGCGCUCUCGCAGCCGGCCGUGCUGCCGUGCCUCCACGUGGUCUGCUCGCCGUGUCUCCGCCUCCUGCGGGACCGCAGGUGUCCUCAGUGCCGGGCGGAGCUGCCGCCCGACUUCGCGCCGACCGUCUCUCCCUCCGUCCAGGCGGCGCUCCGGCAGCACGCGGCCGUCAGAGACCGCUGCAACGCCUUCUUCCUGGAGGUGGUGUCCAGGUUCUACCUCUCCGAGGGCCAGAGGCCCGGAGACGGGGUGGUGGAGCUGCUCUUCUCCCUGCUGGUGUCCGCUAGCGGAGACGUGUACAGGACCCGAGAGCUCACUCCCUUCCUGGAGUGCGUGGACAACAGUCCGGUGGUGAGGUCCGUGCUGCCCAAGCUGCUGCUGCAGCACAGUUUCCAGCAGGUGAAGACUCACAUUCAGACGUACCUGAGGAACCUGGAGGAGAACCUUCUGACCCGAGAGGACCGGACGGAGCUCUACCUGCUGUUCGUCAACUGCUUCCAGGACUCUCUGUUGUGCUCUGACGCCAGAGGAGAGGAGCCGAGCCGAGACGAGACGGCGGCGUUCCUGAGCGCCGUCGCCGGGCGGCGGACUGCGGAUCGGCGCCGGGACCCGGCCGAGUUCCUCCUGGACGCGGCCAGACUCCGAGUGUGUCUGAGCGCCGCCGCCCGGCUGCUGCAGGGCGCCGCGCCUCAAGGCGUGGAGGCGGAGUACCUGCAGCAGGUGAAGGCGGCGUGCGAGGGCGGAGCCAACGACUGGCACCGGGUUUACCUGCUGCGAGCGCUCCACCGGCUGGCCGGUGUGGACCGCCUCCUGACCCUGAUGAGCGACCCGGCCUGGAGCUGGUUGUUCCCUCCAGAGCUGCUGCGGCGGCAGAGGCUGAUUCCCACCAGUGUGGACCCGUUCCUGUGCUGCGGGCCGCCGUACCGAGCCACCAGGGACGCCGUGGGCCGCGUUCUGCUGGAGGACCGGUCGGACUCCUUCGAGACUCAGAUUCAGGAGCUGAGCAGCAGGUCUCAGAUCAGCCUGCUGCCCUUGGCCGUGUUCAGACAGGUGACCUGCCGCUACCGGUCACCUGACCUCGGCGUGCUCCCCCCCCCCCAGGCGCUGGCGGCGCUGCAGCAGCUCCUGGAGAACCUCCGGCCGCUGGAGUUCAGGGAGUUCUGCGUGGCGCUGCUGUCCAAUCGGAUCGGAGGGCCGCAGUCGGGACUCCGCCUCCACGCGGGCAUUUCUGCCCAGAGACAAACCCUCCUGGAGCUGCUGGUCCACCUGGACUCCGUGGUCCUCAGCGGGAACCCUCUGCUGGUCCCCCUUCACCGGAUCGCCUACCAGCCUCAGAAGGCCCCGGUCUUCCUGCCAACGAUGGCCGACGACCACCUGAGUGAAGUGACACAGUGGCUGACCAACGGGAGCAAAGCCCAGCUGUACUGCUGCCCUAAUGGACAUCCCUUCGUCGUGACCGAGUGUGGCCGGCCGGUGGUCACGGAGACGUGCCACGAGUGUGGCGAGCCCGUCGGCGGGGAGGGGUACCGGGCGGUACCGGGGUUCACUUUGACGCCCAGGUCCGGGGACCAGACCCGGACCGGUCACAUACUGGGGGAGGCGGACCAGAGGUCCGAAGCCCCCGAGAGGCAGAUGUCCUACGCCAAGUCCUGCAUCCUGCGGCUGCUCACGCACCUCGCCAUGCUGCAGGGCGCCGCGAGAAACGACCGAGGAGUCGGCGACAUGAUCCACCCCCGGCCCCACGACGUCCUCACCUUCCUGUGGAGACACCUGGAGGAGGACCUGCGGGUCCUGGGCCGGGCGCUGGACCAGAACGUGGACGACGCCGCCGUCACCGUGCAUCUGAUCCUCGACACCUGCGCACAAUCCCCAGGUUCCCGCCGAGAGAGACCGGAUCUGUCCUCCAGAGGAGGCCGGCAGCUCUGGGAGAAGCUCGUCUGCGACUCCGCCGUCAACCCGGUGCUUCACAGCUUGCCGACCCGUCUGACUGAAGCUCGGGAUCGGGUCGGCGGCGACAGCGGACUGGCCGGAAGUCCCCUGAUGACCCUCCUCUUCGGGGACCCCGGCGCCAUGUUGUCCCUCCCCUCCACCUGCCCGACGCACCGCUCCUCCUUCUGGACGCUGCCGGAGUCCAUGACGGUGGAGCGCUUGGCUCAGCUGGUGGGGGAAGCCCAGAGCCCUUUACCGCUGCUGAGCCUGUUCCUCCAGAAGAUCCGCAGCGUGCGGCGGCUGCACCUCCUCCCUGAGCUGGCGGCACUGCAGGCCGACCUGCUGAGGGCGCUGCCCCCGACCUCCGGCCCUGAGGACCAGACCAUCGCCCAGGUGUUGCGCAAGAUACCGGCGGGAUACCAGAGGAAGAGGCUGCAGGACCGAGUGGAGACCUUCAUGGAGGUCUGGAACGGCCUCAGAGCCCAAGUGCUGAACAGCUCAGCAGACCCGGGUUUGGAUGUGACCUUGACCUCUGAGAGCUCUGCGGAGGUUCUGGCUCUGAGCCGGCACGGCCCGGGGGCGUGUCUCUGGACUCUGGUGGACUUCCUGUCGGAGACCCACAACAGCCUGGUGCGGGCGAGCCGCCAGGAGGAUGACGGUGGACCCAGCGUCCCUCUGGAGAACGUCUCGGAAACCCAGCUGACCCUGUGCAGCCCGGAGAGACAGCUGCUGCCUCUGGUUCUGGCCCACUGCCACUACACCUUGAGGAAAGGCGGGGAGACGGACCGGACCUACGACCUGCCAGGCAUCCAGACCCAGCUGGCCCGCCGCUUCCUGGCCGGGAAACCCCUCAUCCAGGCGGACACCUCCAGGUACCUGAACCGGCAGCAGCAGGACUUCUCUGUGGUUCUCCACGAGGUCCGGGACAAGAUCCAUCAGGAGCCUCUGAAGGGCUCUGUGCGCGGCGCCAUGCGGGCGGCGCUGCGCGGCUACACCGACGUGUGCGACGCCCUGUUCGUGGUGGAGGUCGGCCUCCGCCUGCUGGGCAAGGCGGGCGGAGACCCGGGGGCCCGCCUGCUGCUCUACCUCAGCCACACGCUGCAGCUGGAGAGGCAGAUCUCCAGCAGCGUCGCCAAGGGUCUGGGGGAGAGCAGACUGGAGCACAUCGUCUUCACCUGGCAGCUCCUGACCUCCUGGAAGUCUGAGCUCAUGCUGAACAUCAAGCAGGACCCGUUCCCCAAGUUUCCCCCCGAGUUCCGCGUGAAGCUGUCGGAGGCGGAGCGCCGAGCGCUGAAGGCGUUCCUCGGCGCCGCCGACGUGGACGCCUUCUCGUUGGAGCUGCACGAAGUCCUGCUGCUGAAGACGGGCGGCGCCGCGCCGCAGCAGCGUUACCACGCCGACUGGGACAUCAAGUCCACCUUGGAGGGCCACCUGGAGAAGAGGAAGUGCCCGGCGCUGCAGGGCCUGGAGUCCCUGGCGGAGGAGCUGACCCUGGGCCACGGCGUGGACGUGUGGACGGCCGCCGUGGAGUUCAAAAGAAGAUAAUCAUCAUUCCUGAUCAAUUCCUGUUGUUGUUAUUUGUUUUUAUCAUUGUGAUCCUCAUACUCGUGGGAUAUAUCUGGACAUCGAAUGUUGUUCAUUUCUUUUGAUUAGGCAUGCUGUUAAUAAGUGGUUGUCCUAAAGUGACGGAUGUGGUGUGAAGCAGUUCUAUUACUUCUGAAUCUGUUGUUGAGGAGUCUGGGAACAAUCAAUAAAAUCACGAUCAAUAAAU